GCUACCUUUCCUCUCGUUUUCAAAACAAAAGUUGAAGAGAAAUGGAGGGAGAGAUGGCAGUUUCUAUUUCUUUUACCAAACAAAGCUCACCUCACCCCACCAUGCUUCUACCCUCAAAAGAUAAGCAAGCAAUGCUACCUUUUCCCGGCAUCUGCUUUUCCUUUCUCUUCAAGAACAUCCCUCUCCUCACCUUUUGCUUUAGGUUGUUGAGUAUUCUGUAAAACCAACUUCACUAGACUUUGCCCCACACGUACUCUUGAGAUAGAAUAGGAUUCUCUACCAUCUAAUCUCAUUUUAACAUACCCUUUUGCCCAUAGGUUUGUUCAAGCCUAGCUCAGAAUACAUAUUAGGCAAAACUUGAUAUUCUGAGGCACUCUCCAUCAAAGUUAUGUUCGAAGUGAAGUUAUUUCUCCUAAUCUGACAGGGGUCAUGCAAAUAGAUUCUCCAUCCAAUUGUCUGUUUCAAGUAAUAUAAUCUGUCAAUUCAAUCAUCACAGAGAAAUUGAUCUAUUCAGGGAGGAGGAAUCAUGCCUUUUGGGUUAGUUUCAGCAUGGAACAAGCGCCGAAGAAGCAGGUCCGAGGAUCAUACAGACCCUUGUAUGUUCUUCCUCCUCGUAUGAUAGAAAACUCAUCCCUGCUACAGUUUUUCUUUUUGGCCAUCAUCCUGCAACAAUUGUUUCUCUAACAUUCAGCAUCUUAUUUACCAACCACCUUUCAGGGAUUUACAAGCCUGUGGAGUGCUGGCAGAUUGAGGAUCAAGCACCCCAAAGGAAAAAAAGACACCAUGGAUCUUCAGUUUUCACACUCAAGGAGAUGGAGGAGGCAACAUGUUAUUUCAGUGAUGAGAAUCUGCUGGGCAAAGGAGGAUUUGGCCGAGUUUACAGCGGUAUUCUGCACUCAGGAGAGGUAUCCAUAAUGCUUUUCUAUAACGAAUCAUAAUCAUUCUCAAAGGAAAGGAACUCCUGAUUAUAAUGCUGAAACCAUAAACAAGUUUUCCCGGGUUGAAGAAUUUCCAAUUAGCUCAUCUAUCAUAGUAUAUACAGAAGAGUACUUGACACAUAGAUUUUUCUCUUUUGCAUUCUGAAGGUUGUAGCAAUUAAGAAAAUGGAGCUACCACCAUUUAAAGAAGCUGAAGGGGAACGUGAGUUCCGCGUGGAAGUUGAUAUCUUGAGCAGACUUGACCAUCCGGAUCUGGUUUCCUUGAUUGGCUAUUGCGCUGAUGGGAAGCACCGAUUUCUAGUGUACGAGUAUAUGCCAAAAGGGAACCUGCAAGAGCACUUAGAUGGUAGAUUUAAAACACAAUCUGUUCUUUCAAUGUUGCUUUUCUUCUGUUUAAGAUCUAUCAAUCUGCAACUUUGCUGUAGGAAUUGGAGAAACAAAAAUGGAUUGGCCUUUAAGGCUCAAAGUGGCACUAGGAGCAGCAAGAGGUCUUGCUUAUCUCCAUUCAAGCUCUGCAGUUGGAAUUCCCAUUGUUCAUAGGGAUUUCAAAUCCACCAAUGUUCUUCUGAGUUCCAAUUUUGAAGCAAAGGUAAUAUACCUAGAUGCUUUUCUUAAGCAUUAAUAUAAUAAAGCACUGAAC